GUAUGUGUAACACCUAUUCAUGUUUCGGCACAUUGCAAAGAUGCGGAUUCGGACCGCCUUUACGCAAACUUGAACUCCUCCGUUACGCGCAGCCACUCCUCCUCCUUCUCUUCCUCCUCCUCCUGCAGCACCACUCGCAUACCGAGCUGGAACGGGACACUUUGAGCUCACCGAGCUUGUAGCCGCAUCCUGCUGCGGCGUGCACACAUUGUCAGUGCGCCAUGCGCCGACACUGGACAGGUAGAUCCGGUCAUGGUGACGUGUAGCAGCCUUUGGUGUUAGACCCUUGGGGACUGCGUAACAGAACCAUCCCCACCGAGCGAGGUUCAGAGCCCAGGAUGACUCGACAAAAUGAACGAUUGCAACUGCAGUGUUGUCCUGUUGAAAGAGCCAGCCAUUACCACACAGACGAGGACCUUCAGUCAUGAGGGAAGCCCCCUUCAGCAUCUCCACAUAUAAACCAGCCAUUUGACGCCCCUGCACAACCUGAAGUGUCAUUGUUCCAUUGAAGGAAAAAGCACCCCGAUCAUGAUGGCCCCCCUCCACUGUGCUGUGUGAAAAACAUCUCAGGUGGGAUCUCCUUGUCAUGCCAGUAACGUUGGAAGCCAUCAGGACCGCCAAGGUUACAUUUUUUCUCAUCAAAGAAUACAACCUUCUUCCACCUUUCAAUGUCCCAUGUUUGGUGCUCUUGUGCAAAUUCUGGCAAUUUUGUGGCACUGACAUAGACGUUUUUUCUUCUUAAAAGCACCAGUAACAACCUUUAUUUGGGCCAAAGAUCAAGACAGCCAAUCGGAUCCUCCGGCUCAAGGCCGCUGACAAUUUUUUGGUCUACCACUUGACUUUUUUGUUCCAUAACCCUGAAGAAGUUUCAAAUGACCAUCUUACUGCGUCCAGCCUCAGCAGCAAUGGCAGUUUCAUUUCUGUGGUAGGGUCCCUUGAGAAGAUAUACAGUAACAAAAAUGGCCGCUGAAAUGUGAGGGCUGAUGUAUGUAAAAAUUGCAGGAUUUGCAGUAGAAAUGUUGGCUCACAUAAUAGUAGAAAAUGUAUUAAAGCUGCAAUACUACAAAGGUGGCUGGAGAAAAGUGCUGCAGUGUUAAGAAGUGACUAGCAAUGGAUUAUUACCGCAGUUGCAAGAUCCCACAUGAUGCCACCACAGGCCCUUCCUAAUCCUGCCUCGGCCACGGAGGAUCCACAUCAGUGCCCGGACACCUCAGCACCACAUUUGGCUACCGCUCAUUCUCCACAGUUGUCAGCCACUGAUCCAUCUUAACACACUCUUGCCUCACACCAAGAUUAAGCACUGAUGUGUUGCUGAGUUCUGCUCGGGCAUAGCAAGCCUAUUUUAUCCUCUGAUGGCAACUUCAAAACUCAUUCAAAUGUGACAGCAGGUUGCCUGACACGCUCACUCCAAAGGUUUUUCAUUUUGACCUCAUAAAUUGGAAGCCAAAGGCUGUCAGUCGCCCACCGCUGGAAGGAGACUCAAUGUUGUGCAGGGCUCUGUGGUCAAAGAGACUUGGAGGACGUUGAGCAACGACAGGCAGCCUUUUGCUCAACUUGUGGACCUCUCACCGAAACAGGACAAUGGACUGCGUGGUUUUGUCCUGACCCAGAAGAAACAUAGCCGGUCUAAGACCCCGUUCUUUUGUAAACUGAUCUAAGCUGCAUACGUUCCGGAUGCUGCCAUGCCCAUCAUCAGCAAUGCUAACCACGACUUCAGCAAUCUGUCCGUCAGUGACGACAGCAGUCUUGACCGCAUCUUCACGGAGAUUCCAGAGACUGAGACCAUCAAGGGUGUUUAUUACCAAAGGGCCCAGUUCAUCCGUCAACCAGAGGACCUCGUGUCUGUCGACCACCGCGUGCUUGCCGUGAUUAACGUCGGCGGGAACCGCUACACCUUCCCUUGGACUACACUGCAGCAGUUCCCACUCACUCGCCUGGGCCGCCUGUGUGGCUGCAGGUCACCUGAGGACAUUGCCAGCGUCUGCGACGACUAUGACGAAGCACGGAAGGAAUUCUUUUUUGAUCGCUCGCCAUCCGCCUUCAGGGUCAUCCUCAACUUCCUGGCCGCCGGCAAACUCCGCCUGCUGCGAGAGAUGUGCAUCCUCUCCCUGCACGAUGAGCUCACCUACUGGGGCGUGGAGAUGGCCUACAUGGAACGCUGCUGCAAGAGGAAGAUGUACACUCGCAUCGAGGAGGUGCACGAGCAGGAGAGGCAGGAGGAGGAGCGCAGGCAGAGAAAUGCCAUGCAGCGAGUUCCCGUGGAGGAGACGACAUAUCGAAAAGUUAUGAACUGGCUCAGAGACAUGGUGGAGAAUCCCCAAUCUGGCUUACCGGGGAAGAUCUUCGCCUGUCUGUCGGUCAUCAUGGUGGCGGUGACUGUGGUCAGCUUGUGUAUCAGCACCAUGCCUGACCUCAGAGAGGAAGAGGACAGGGGUGAGUGCUCGUCCAAAUGCUACAACAUGUUCAUCAUAGAGACGGUGUGUGUGGCCUGGUUCUCCCUGGAGUUCGUCCUGCGCUUCAUUCAGGCACGCAGCAAGUUGGACUUCCUCCGCGGACCGCUCAACAUCAUCGACGCCAUGGCCAUCCUGCCUUACUACGUGUCCUUGGUGGUGAAAGAGGAGGACCCAUCCGUGGAAAGCGAUCGUCCAGGAGGAAGUAAAGUCUACUUGGACAAGCUGGGCCUGGUGUUGAGGAUCCUACGGGCGUUGAGGAUUCUGUAUGUGAUGCGGCUGGCUCGACACUCUCUCGGCCUGCAGACGCUCGGACUGACUGUCAGGCGCAGCACACGUGAGUUUGGCCUGCUCUUGCUGUUUCUCUGCGUAGCCGUCACCCUGUUCUCCCCGCUGGUCCACCUGGCUGAAAGUGAGCUCACCGGCACCCACGACUUCAGCAGCAUCCCCGCCUCUUACUGGUGGGCCAUUAUCUCCAUGACAACCGUGGGCUACGGCGAUAUGGUGCCUAGAUCCAUCCCAGGACAGGUUGUAGCACUAAGCAGCAUCCUUAGUGGGAUCCUCAUCAUGGCCUUCCCUGCUACCUCCAUCUUCCACAUGUUCUCCCGCUCCUACCAAGAGCUAAAGAUGGAGCACGAUCGCUUGUUCAAAGAGGAGUGCGCCGCAGCUGCGGCUGCUGCCGCCACAGCCGGCACCACUGGGGAGCUGCAGGAGGCAGGAAGGGAUGGAGGAGAGGGUGUAGAUGAAAAACUGGAGGACUCUGCUGCUCUUGGACUAGGAUUCCAUCUGGAUAAGAAUAGUGUGCACUCACUAGAGUCUCUGGCUCUCUUAGGGAAAGGAGAUGAUCCUGCAGCAAAUCAUCACAGUAUGCCAGCAGCCGCUUUCUGAAUGACUUCUACAGUACAUUUCUGGCUAUCCAUCUCAACCUUCCAGUCUCCAUGUUACAGUCUCCAUUUCCCGCAAAGGUCUCCCUUUCCAUUUGUAUCCUAAAUGCAUCGAAAAUAAGGAGAUUACAUCUGCUGCAUUUAUCUUACUCUUCGGGGUGCUGAUGUGGGGCCCGAGAGUGCAUGUGAGUGAAGAGCACACUGCGUAGACACUGACUGAAAGACCAUUUUAAACCCUUUAAUCCCAAUGGUGCAGGUCGUCUUAUCGAAAGCCUGUGCAGCAAUAUUAGUAACUGCUUCCAUAAACAUGCAAUAUCUGAAGUUGCUUUUUUCUUCCACUGUGAAAAAAAUACUUUGCAACUUUCAGUGUACUACUUAUUACUACUACUUAUUGAUAUGUUGCCUACAGUAUGAACUGUAAAAGACGCAUACGUCCAUGGGGGACUUCAAUAGGCAUACCUGAAUAAUCUAAUGAGCUCCAUCAUAAGAACACCUGUCGGUAGGAAUAAGCGAUUCCACACUCUUGUGAACUCAAAUAGUGAAUUCUAAUGUAGUAUUAUUAAUUCAUUAUCUUUGUCAAUGCAGAUUUGUUAUAUAUCAUUAAACUGUCUAGAACUAACCUAAUGUUGUAGCCAAAGAGUGUAGGUCACAUGGUGGAACCUCCAAAUUCGAACAUCCCAAACGUGGUACAAUCUUGGCAUUAAACCAGAAUUUUCUGGGGCGGUGGUUUAGAGGCACAGCAAAUUGUGUUCAACUUUAUAAGCAUCACAGGAUCAAUUCCACAGGUGUGUUUUGUUUUUUUCUUAGCAGUAAUUACCUAUAGUUACUAGUUGUAAAAAGUAAUGGAAUUACUCCUUCAUAAAUGUAAUUAAUCAAAAUGAAAAUGAAAUGAUUCAUUAGAUUAGAGUUACAGUAAUCCCUCUUUCAUCGCGGUUAAUUUGUUCCAGAUGCUACCGUCAUAAGUGAAUUUCCGCAAAUUAGGAUUUAAUAUCAAUGAAUUGAAUAUUUUCUUAAUUAUUAGGGAUGUCCGGUUAUGCCAGUGGGCUGAUAUUAUUGGACAUCCCUAAUAAUUACUAUUUAUGGCCCGAUAUUGCCAUAAAAAUGUGAUACAGACAGCAGUAUCGGGUUUUUUCCCUAAAAACAAAACCGAUGUAAAAAAAUGCUGCAUCGAUGGACAUUUUAAUGUUCGCAUGCCGGGGAUGACACCACUGUAUGUUUACAUACAGUGCAAGCACACCAGCUUUGCGCUUUCCACGGGCUCUCAUGCACCUCUCUGCUCUGACUGUGCUAAAGUCCUGCUCGCUCCACGUUAGCAUCUGGGACGCUAGCUGUUUGCCAUUUUUCAGUGCAGCACAAUAAGCUGCACUCUCUGAAGGUUUUGACGUUCUUUGUCAGCUUGUGGAUCUUGUUUGAUAGUCAAUUCACAUUUCCCAUGAUAAUAGAAGGUACCGAAGGCAUUAAUCUCCACUUCCUUGCUAGCCGCUUAGCUUUCAUCUUAGCACUGGCCCUGCUGCCUCGAUACGGCUUCUUUCCUCAAUGGAUAAACAGGGAAUCACACUGAUGCGGACCCGCUCUCAUGCCACGUAAAAAUGUGCUUGAAUAAACAAAUAUCGACGUAUACUGUAUAUUACUUACAUAAAAGAUGAUAUUAGUAGGAGAACAAACAGAGCUGCUUGAAAGGCAGCCAUGUAUCUAUGUUACACAUAUCAGUAUUAGUAUCUGUUGAUAUCGGAAUUGGAAAUUGAGUGUUGGACAAUGUCGGCAUAUUGGAUAUUGGCAGACCCCAUCCCUAGUAUUUACACUUACACCCAAAAUGCUACUGAAAUGAAAGUAGUCAUUCUUGGCUAAUUUUAGGUCACUGAAUACAAAAAUGCUCACUAGCACUUGUUAGGGGUUACCAUACCAUACCAUACCAUACCAUACCAUACCAUACCAUACCAUACCAUAUGCUCACAAUUGGCAAUGGAGGAAGGCCACAUAAUUUUGAAUACAGAACCUAUAUUCACUUCACAGAAGUGCCUAGUUGAAUAUUCAUAAUAUUGUGACUCUAUGCACAUAACGUGUAUAAAGACAUACUGUAUCACAUUGCGUAUUACUCCCUAUACGUUACUAUGUAAUAAAGAACCUCGCAGAUCUUUAACAUUUUAGCUACUAAGAUUUUUUAAUGGUCAUUUUCUUGUUCAGCAACCCAAAAAUGACCAAGGGUGAUAUGUUGUAUCUAAUUAUGGCAUAGACAACCUGUUUGCGACCUUCUGAACACAGUUUUGAACUUUAUUAGAGCCCUGGAGACAUGAAGAAACACCCAUAUAGUCACCUUUACAUUUGUAUUACCCAAGAUAGUAGAUAUAAUCGGAGAAAAUAAGACAUAGACUCACACGUUAGCAGUUUCUUGUUUUUUUCUGGACAGCAUACUUCCUGCAGUGGAUGUUGUCUCAUCAAUGUAUUGUAAUAGCCGCUUUAAAUGGCUUUAACUCGUAUUACCCAAUGUAGUAGACAUAAUAAGAGUCAAUAAGCCAUUUAAGAAGUAAAUGAAACUCCUGCUUGUGUGUCAAGUAAAUGUGUUCCCCAGGGGACCUUAGUGGCAGGCGGACAGAUGUGUGGAGGACAAGAAAAUAAGGUCGGAGGUUGAGAGUUGUGUUUUGGCAUGUUGUGGGUUAUGUCCGCAUCAGCAGCCUGUGUUAUUAUUAUGAUCAUUAUGUUAUUAUUAUUGUGCCUGUUGUGAGAGCAUUUAAACCUGCAAUAAAUACCUGUUCUGGCGAUCACGUCUGGUGCUCUCACCGAGCAAUUACUGACACCUAGUGGCCAAUGUAGAAUACUACAGUCACAAUGAGAUGCUUCUGUAUUUGUAUUUGAGUUCAUUUAGUUCGCUAAUUUAACCAUUUUUAUGCUUGAAAAUUUUUAAUUUAGGCCAAGAAUAAGUACAAUUCGCUUAAAUAUGCAUAUUUUUCUAACCGAUAAUCGGCCGUAUUCCACCACGAAACAGCGAUCAUUUAUUAAUUAAUAUAUUUUUGAAACACUGCGAUAGAGUGAGGGCGCGUUGUUGGCGCUGCAAUGUAGAGAGGAACGACUGUACGUACCAAUCCACCAAUCCAGUCACUCCAGGCAAUAUUUAUAAAACACCACUAGGUGACAGUAUUGCUUUGCAAACGCCUUCCUGUUCUUUCUCCAUGAGAAUUCUGUCAAUUGUAAUCGAAGGUUAAGUAUUUUUACUUUUAAGUUUUAUUUUUGUUUUACUAGCUCCGCCAAGCGCAGUGCAAAGCACAGUGCGGAGGUCAUGUUUUUCCAGCGUUGUUUGUCUGUUGGUGUUCAAAAUAACUUGAACAUUCUGAAUGGAUUUGGAUGAAAUUUUGAUCAAAUUUUGGUGGUGAUCCAAAAUUAUUAAUUAUUAAAUAAUUAUUACCUGCUACUCCUGCCACAUUUCUCAACCGAUUCAAGCAAUUCCAACAUCAAACUGUUCAACACGUUCAAGGACAUUCAGGCUACUUAUAUUUACGCCGGAAAAAAAAUCCAAAUUUUCCAAAAAUUGACACUUUUCCGCAAAACAGCUAUUACCUCCAACUACUUUCACAUUCUCAACCGAUUCACCUCAUUCCAACAUCAAUUCAUUCAACAAAGUCAGGACUUUCAUGCUAUUUAGCCACAGCACAAAAAAAUCCCACAUUUUUUCUUCCGGAAUGCAAAAUGCCUUUGAUCUAAAGAGCUGACGCUACUUCCACAUUUCUCAACCGAUGUCAACAUCAAAGCAUUCAACUAAUUAAGGACAUUCAUGCCAUUUUCCACAUACCAAGAAUUCCCACUUUUCUUGACAUUCCCAUUUUUCGGAAUGCAAAAUGCCUUGGCUCUAAAGAGUUCUAACUACUUCCACAUUUCUCAACAGAUUCAGACGAUUAUAUAAACACUUGCCACUAUAUUAGCAUACUAAUGUUAGCAUGUUAGCACUGCUAGCAUGCUACCAUUAGCAAUCCAAAUAUGUAGAUUAAAAUAAAUCUACGACUAAUAGUGUGUUUUUCUAGUCAUACAAUAGUUUUUAAAUUGCUUAUGGCAGUUAGGAAUGCUAAAUUAAAAGUUUAUAAAAAAAUGUCUGUACAGUUUAAUGGCGAAAACAAAUGGAUUCACAUAACAUGAAACAUGAAAAAACGUCUCUGAAAUGGAAUGAACUGUGUUCAAUUUUGAAGGUUCCACUGUCGUUUGAAUUCAAAUAAGUGCUCCUCUUGGUUCAUUUCUGAGAUGCCUGAUGCCAUGUGAUAUUUUGUCCUCCAAAAUACUGUUUGAAUAUCCACAUUCUUUCUUGUAUGUUUGACAAAAUAGGUUCUUGAUUACGGACUGAAAGGUGUGUGAGCAUGUACAGUAUGAGAGUUGAGCCAUGAAUACAAAAUAAUGCACAUCAAGAUGCUGUUUUCUUAAAAGCAGCUCAUGAAAGGUUGCAAAUAAAGGCAUGCUUGUUUGCGAGUGCCUGGGAGAGAAUGAGCGCUAACAACCAUGAAAUGUACUUUGCAAUGCUCCAAAUAAAAGCUCUCGCAAUAAUCACAGGAAAAUACCCUCUUUUUUUGUUGCGUUUCAAGUGGAACAGUGUAAUUGGCAAAGUCAUGCUGAUGAACAUUUCUGACUGAAAAAGUAGGACACAACUGCUCCAGCCAGUACUCAGCACACAAAAACCCUUCCAGUCACAUGUACUAUUACACCCGAGAUACUGUAAAAUAGUAUUAUGUAAUAUUAUGUGACUCAUCUAAGAAACGAUCCUUAACAUUUCAUAUCCAAGUUUGGCAUAAACCCAUCAACAUUACUCUGAGAAGAGUCAGGCCCGCUGAGGGUGCACACAGGGACACACCAGAUGUAAACCAGAUUAAAACUGGGAUUAUAUGGCCCAUAGCUAGCAUGCGACUACCCGAAAUUUAACUCCUUCUCGUAGUUUUAAAAGUGAUACCUGCAUAUCUUUUUCUCGCUAUAGAAUCUCAGCGACUGGUGUCUUUUGACCAUUUGGCAUCCCAUUUCGCAGCAGUGGGAUUUAUGGUACAGUUGAGUUUAUUCUCUGGAGCAACAUAUGGCUGGGAAUGUAUCAAUUUGAAUUAAGCAGUCCUAUUUUGCAUGAGAAGGCGUGAUGGAUUACACAGACGAAAGCCAUUAUCCAUCUGGAUAAUCUAAAUCUGAAGAGACGCAGGUAUAUAAGUAAUAUGAAUUAUGAUCAUAAUUAUGGAUGAAAUGUGUUUCUAGUGUGGAGCUACAGCCACUAGUGUUAGUUAGUGCGACAUCUAAAGCAGUGGUGUCCAAAGUACAGCUCAGAGACCAUUUUCAGCCCUUAGCUUGUUUUGUACUGGCACUCUGCAUAUUUUAAAAAUAAAAUGAUUUAUUUUUAAUGAGAUAUAUUAUGAGAUAUUACACACUUUCAUUAUAUGCCAUGAUGUCACAUGUAAUUGGCGGUGUAUAAAACGAGACAUGUUUCUCAUGCUUUGAACCCUGCAGCUUGUACAGCGAUGCGGCUAAUUUAUGGCUAAACACUGCAUUUCCCGUUAUGCUUAGAGUGCAGCUUCAGGAAAUAGUGACGUGGACGAGAGAAAUGGAAGCUAAUAUCAUGUUUUGAAGUCUUAUGCAGAGAUCUCUGACACAUCUUAAGUAAGUUUGAUCAAGUCUAAAAUUACCACAGUUUCUGUUUGGACUCCUCAGACCGCCGACCGUCAGCUAGAUAGACAGAUAGAUAGACAGAUAGAUAGACAGAUAGAUACUUUAUUAACCUUCUAGAGAAAUGGCUAAUGGCUCGAGACAAAAGUGACACAGAGAGCGACAACAAAAGAGAGAGACAGACACUGACCACGUGUGUGAUGAAUUAAUUUUGAGGCUGUUCAAUUGUGAUGCUGAAGAAGAUGAUUUUAGUGGUUUUAGUUCCGAGGAGGAGGAGGAGGACGGCGAUGAAUGACUUUCCUGGUUGGAUACUAUUUAACCAGCCAUCCCAAGCACUGUUCUGUUUAUUUAAUCAAAAGUUUGAAAUCUUUCUGUGUGACAUAUUUCUGUGUUCUAAAUAUCCCAUGUUACGGCAUGGACACCUGAGGCUUAUAGACAGGUGCGGCCUAUACGUGUAUAAAUCUUUUGCUUCAGAACAGUUAUUUUGCGCUUCAUGCACAUGACACUGAGAGCGGAAAGGAAAGAGAGAGACUGACAAAGUGUGUGACGAAGGAAUUAUGAGGCUGUUUGAUUCCGACACUGAAGAAGAUGCACGAGAAAGAUGAAGACAGCGAUGAAUGACUUUUCUGGUAGGCUACUGUUUAACUAGCCGUAUUACACGCAAUGUUCAGCACUCAAUGGAAAAUUUUAUUAAAAGUUUAAAAAAUCUUUCUGUGUACUAAAUAUCUCAUGCUACAAAAUGGACACCUAUGACUUAUAGAACAGUGCGUCUCAUAUAUGUACAAAUCUUUUUUUCCAUUUAAAUUUAGUGGGUGCAUGUCAUGUCCAAAAUUACGGUUAUUUAGUUUAGGUAUAAGUUCCGACUUACGCUAAAAAUCAACUUACGUGUCGUAGGACCAGAACUCGUUCGUAAACCGAGGACCUCCUGCAUUUGGGUUCUAGACAUUUAUAGAUGCAAACCAGCAGGUGACGAGUCGGAGCUUUUUUUCCUGUCACUCACACACAUCAGUAACCUGGAGAGAUGCAGCUGCGACUCAGAGACAAGCUGGAAAAAAAAGGUGUCUCAAAGGUUGAGCAAGUUAGCUAACAACAGAGGAGGAGUUAUGAUACAAUAUUAUAUCAUUCAUAUAUAUUAUAUGUUUCCUUUUUUUGUCGCAGCUGGCACUUUUUCUAAUGAACAUACCAGAGAGGUUCAGGUUUCUAUGGCAGCAGGUCCAGUACCUGCAAACCUGCUACUCCACAUGAUCCCACAGGUGCCAUAAAGCAGGCACUUUAAACCUUUGGCAGACCCUGGGUGUCAAAUGACAGGAGUCCCUUUGUCUCUCCUCCAGUGGACUUAAUGGCCUGCUGGGAGAGCAGAUGGUAAGACUGCUGGACCAUUGCUUUGAUGGCUACAAUUGGGGUAUUGAUUCAAAGCAGGGAAAAAGAUGUGAACCUCCUCGCCGGGUUGUCAAGCGGGUCCACCAGUUCAGGAUCACACUGUUUAUCACAGACCCGUAAUGGACCAAUACGUCGUGACAUAGGGCUUGGUCAGGUGUUCACUAGGGGCGGGCGGAUCGAUCCAAAUCUCGAUAGCAAGAGUAGUGUCAGUAUCAGAUUAGUCCUCCUGGGAUGAGAAUGAUAUUUUUCAGUUCUCUUCUGUUUCUUUUCACAAAUCUCAAUGUUUUUUCUUUUGGUGUGUUGUUCAUGUUGUUACAUUUUUAUAUAUUGUUAUCUACACUCCUGAUCAAAAUUUUAAGACCAGUUGAAAAAUUGCAAGAAUUUACAUUUUGCACUGUUGGAUCUUAAGGAGGUUCUAAGUAGAGCUUCAAAAUGCAAAAACAAAACAUGGGAGUGAGACAAAAAAAUGAGAUUAAGCAAUUUAUUGCAUACAAGCAUUAAAGUGAAAUAGGCUGUUCAUCAGCUGAUCCAACGUUUAACACCACAGCCUUUAGAAGCCCAAAUCUUGGCAAAAAUUUGGAUUCUGUCAGGUAUUCACACUUUCAUGAACUCUUGAUGGCAAAGGCAAAAAAACCUUUUCUCUUUGAACGCAGUCGGAUUGCUGAGCUGCAUAAGCAAGGCCUCUCGCGGCGCACCAUUGCUGCUGAGGUUGAACGCAGUAACACAGACAUUUUAAACUUCUUAAAAGAUCCAGAGGGUUAUGGAACAAAAAAGUCAAGCGAUAGACCCCUGAAAAAUGUCACCGACCCUGAGCCGGAGGAUCCCAUUGGCUGUCCAUCAAGACAAGAGACCUGAAUGAAGGUUGUUACUGGUGCUGAGUGCCGUCCAAUAACCAUCAGACGGCAUCUGCAUGCGAGAGAAGGCUUUUAAGAACGAAAAACGUCUUCAAAGUCCUUGUGUCCUUCAACGCCACAAAAUGGCCAGUUUGGAAUUUGCGCUAGCGCACCAAACAUGGGACAUUGACAGGUGGAAGAAGAUUUUAUUCUCUGAUGGGAAAAAAUGUAUCCUUGACAGUGGAGGGGGCGCCUUUAAUGGAGCUUCAGGUUGUGCAGGGGUGUCAAACGGCAGCUAUGGCCUUAAACUUUUAAUAGCCUAUUUCAGUUUAAUGGUUGUUUGCAAUAAACUGCCUUCUCUAGAUUUUUUUGUGUCACUCCCAUUUCUUCUUUUUGCAUUUUGGAGCUGUACUUAGACCUCCUUAUGAUCCAACAGUGCAAAAUGUUAAUUGAUGUAAAUUUUCCAGUUUUGAUCCAGAGUGUAAAUGUCACAUGUUUGUGUCUGAAAUUAAAGCUGAAAUGCUACACUUCAUUCAAAUGUUUUUUUUAUUGGUAUAAAAAAGCUAAAUCAUAGAAACAUACGAGUAAUCACAGUCCAAAUACCUCUGGACCUUACUUGAGGUGUAUAAAUAAAUGCCUCGUCACUAAUAAAUGCCUUACCCCGAACCAACAAGUUGAGUAAUUAAAUGUGUCUACCCACUAUAAGUAUAUUUUAUUUUAUAUAAUGAAUAACUUAAGAAGAUGUUGAUUGAGAUGUAACAGAUACAAUAGAUGAGUGUUAUCUUCUGCUUUCUUCUCAGUACUUUGAUGCAAAAAAGGCAAAAGUGUAUUACGUACUUCGUAUUCCAUGAUUUCCACCUCCCCUUGCAGUUUUUCUGAUCGCAUUUUUGACCAUACAGUAAAUGACGGAGAACCUUUUUUUGACCCAGGGGCUAAAUGAGUCAUAAAGGGAUUAGGUCUAUUUAAAAUUCAUUACCACUUACACGUAUUCAUAUACAAACAAGACUGCUAAGUAGCUCCAGGGUCAAAAGCUCAC